AUGGCGCACCAAGCGCACAACAUCCCAUGGGGCUUGCUCGCCUCGAAUUUAGAGUGGAAGACCCCGACGCCCUGGAACAACUUCGCCACAAAUCUUUACCCGCGAAUGAAACCCAACCAGGCGAAGGACUUGACACACUUUGUCAAUGCUUUUGUGAAGAACCUUGAUGAACAUUCAGUCUGUGAACGAAAGAAGUAUCAGAAACACUAUGAUAUUCCCGAGCCAUCAGAUGUGAUACUUGAUGAUGCUAUUGUUCGCAAGAUAUCUCCUACAGUUCGUCGAUGGCGCAACGAUUGGCCCAAAACUGAAACCUGUCCUUCAGGCACAUGCGAAAAGUUCGAAGUCGCGUGGGAGACUCCCAUGGGCAUAAAACGGACAGAGCUGAUCGAUCGAUGCAAAUGCGUACCCAUCCCUCAAGAAGAACGAGUUAUGUCUGCGUUUCUUCGAGAACCCCAUAUUGAGAUUGAUUGGAACUACAGCGGCGAUGACUCGAACGACGAAGCAAUCUUCAAUAUUAAAUUCGUGUUUACACUUCUUCUAUAUGGGGAGAUGGAACCGAUAUUGCGUGUCUGCGCCCACCCAGCCCCCGGAUUUUGGCUGGAUACAAAUAUGCCGACAUAUGCUAUCUGUCUACAUCUGCCUCAAUACAGCGUACUGCUUUCCCGAGAUCUGGGAUUUCGCAUCUGGCCGGACCGAGGAAAAGACUAUCGAAAUGCCAGAUUCUAUCAAAAGACGCUGAUUGAGUCUGGGGCCAGAGAUUGGGAUCUGCGGACAUACCCUCACCCCCAGUUCUUUGGAAUGCAAUCAUGUCAUCACCCGGCCGAAAACACCGGGGAAGGACAUUGGUUACUCAAUGAAGGUCUCAACAAACAAAGACGAGAAGAUAGUAGAAAGAGGUCUUUUUACGGGUGGUGGGGAUAUCGUGAACAGGACAACCUAGCAGGCCCCUACGGAAGGGUGCCAAUUCGCGAAUUUUUGACAAUGAACAGUCCCGAAGGUUGUUCAUAUGUGGCUUCUUUGUCUGAGAUAGAUGAAGUCAGGUCGAUACUAUGCUCGAUGGGUCUUCCGGUCGAAUCGGCUUUGGAAAUCAUGAAAUUCGCCAACUACAAAACACCGAAGAGCAAGCUCGAUCCACCACAAGAUCCGCUACAUCCAGCAAACCGAGAGGCGCUCGGGCAAUAUCUGAAGUACUGCUGGAAGACCCUGGUGCUGUGUUACACCAUGGCCAUAGAGAUUGGUAUGGACCCGCUCGACCGCAUAGAGCAUGCCGAUAGAGACGAGGGCAUCAACUGGAAAAACCUUGUCGGGGAUACCAUUAUUGACCUUUUUGGCCACCACAAAGAUCGACGCAAAGGUCGUUUGAAUGAGCUGGAGUUUGAUGGACAGAAACUCCCGAGAGCAUGGUAUAAGCAAGAAUCUGUGUCGGAUGAUGACGCUCCCAUUGGCUGGCGAGGACCCUAUACCAUCUUUGUCUGA